CUCAUGCACCAAUGAACGCCGAUCCGCAUCGGCUGCCGAGCCACUUUCCCUCCGGAGGCCACGACAAUAGACCGAGAUAGAUGAAAAGAGUCACCAGUGCCAGCAGGCUCACUAUCGCAGGGACGUUCAGCCUUCACAUGAUGGCAGGCAUAGGUUGUGGGGAGAGUCGGUGCAAAUGGCUUGCAGCCAGAUGAAGGGCGAAAACGCGGAAUGUCCCUUGACAGACCAAGCGAUGAGAAAUGAUGGGUCGUCAAACAUGGGACAAAGACGACCAAGUGUGCCCGGGGAUAAAUCAGAGCCAGGCAUGGACAGUACAAUGUCCGCAUGCAAUGAAUGCUUCACGAAGGGCACUUCCGUGCCUCGCACACACUGGGCCACCUUCCAAGCCAAGAAUCGGCAUGGCAAGCUGGGUGAAGACGGUACCGUAGUCGCCGAGGGGGGGGGUUGGCAGAGACAGGUCUGAGAUGACCAGCCACGUCGACGCAAGCACUAAUACCGACCGGACUGCAGCUCAGGGCGGUACCGACUUGGUCUCGCUUCCGGGAAUUGACAGGACAUGCUCCCUUCUAGACACCGACGGAAGUUGCAUUGCGCACUUCCCUCCACAGCAGACGGAUGAAGCCGGUGAUGUCGUGUCUGACUGCAAUUACCCAGUCGAGGAAUCGCAGACACCCACUAGUUAGCUCGCCACAUACAUAUUAUUGAUCACAAGCCGGAGAUGCUGCUAUUUGUGCUGCUGCGAGCACCGAAGCGAGGUAUUGUGUGUGGGAACCGCAAAAAUGAGACCGACGGAGCAUUUCCGUUGGCGGACAAAAGAAGGAAAAAAUAAGAAAAAAUAAGAGAAAAAACGAUAUGGCGAGGAUAUCAAUGCCAUAGGGUACAUCAACAUGUACCUACAUGUAGUACGAGGUGAUACGACCCGUCACCCGUGUUUGGCAGUCACGAUGAUGCGACCGCCGACCAGGACCUACUGUAC